GGUCGGCCAGCGCAAGCGGCGCCCGCUCGGCUCCCGCCUUUGAUUUCCUCGCUCUCGGCAUAACGGUUCGCCGGUCGAUGGGCACCACCAAUACGAGUUAUGCUCGACAGCGCGGUCCGACAGUCGGUCGGCCACUCGCCCGGCACCCCGGCACUGCGCAAGUUGCGGGACAGUUGCACAGAUUGUGCUAGCUCCAAGGUUAGGUGCAGUAAGGAGAAGCCGACGUGUGCGCGAUGUGCCCGUCGAGGGGUGACGUGCACCUACCUGUUGUCGCGCCGGACCGGCCGUGCCUCAUCAAAAGCCUCCAAAGCGGCCCAGGAGCGGGCCCGGAUCGGUCCUACGGGUGGUAGCGUUGGUGGCUCCGGCUCGGCCCGCUCUCCUCCGAUACGGGCCAAGACCCCGGCUGGGCCGGGCAGCUCGAUUGCUAGGGCAGGCGGCAUUAGCAGCACGGGAAGCGAACAGACCGGGACACACAGGCCGGUGUUACGUGCUGAAACCACUCUCGCGACCCAUUCGAUCCCGACCAUCGCCCACGCCACGGGAAAUGGAGCCUGCCAUCAGGGCCCGGAUACAGGUCCAAGUUCCGCUCAGGAGGCCGACUUCUGGACGCCCGUCUUAUCUCCCAGCGCGCUGAUGAUCGACCCAGCCGGACUCUCGCCGCCAUUGACAUUGGCUGGUACCGACGCUGGAGACCUUUUCGAUAUGGGACUCGAUUCGCCCAUGGCGAUCGACUGCCCAGAACAGCGAGGGGCAACCUUCCUGCCGCACGGCGGCCCGAGCAGCGCCGACCUCUUCUGUGACAUGACUUCGGUCUCGGACCGGGAAACCUUCAUCUCGGCUCAAGCCCCCACAACUUCGGAGUGCAACUGGGACACCCUUCACAAUCUGCCCCACAACUGCUUCGCCGUCGUCCUCAACAUGCUCAGCCGACUCCUCAUCACGACGCCUCCGACCUGCGCCUUGUCGGGACGCCUGACGGUACCAAUCAGCGCCCCACGCACACCCGAGACCGCUACGACCGACGCACUUCAUGCAACCAUGUCACAGAACAGGCAAAUAAUCCAGUCCCUGACGACGCUCCUCGACUGCCCCUGCUCCCAGGACGAGUACCUCCUCUACCUCAUGACGCUGGUCGCGCUGAAGGUAAUGGCGCAGUACACCGCCGUCGCCGCCGCAUCAGCUCCAACGGACAACAAUAACCCCCACUCCCUUCCAACCCCCUCAAGCCCAUCGCCAACAACAAUGCCGCCGCAGCCGCCCGCAACGCCGAUCUCCAUGUGGCCCGGUCUCGACCCCGAGUCACCCUCCUCCUCCUCCUCUUCAUCACCAUCACCACCACCACCACCACCAUCAUCAUCAUCAUUGGCCAUGGUGCCGCUCGGCGAGGAGACACAGCAGCACCUGCCCGCGGCGACAGGCGGCUGCCCGCAUCGCGCAGCGGCAGCACCUGCGGCGGGCGCUCGGCUGGUGCUGCCCGAGCUGCAGCGCGUGCAGAGGCUGGUGGAGGCGCUGUGCAAGCGGCUGGAGGGCGUGCGGAUGCGGGCCGGCGGCCGGGCGGCGCCGGGUUCGGGGUCGAGUGGGGUCGGGGAGGAGGACGCGGGGCUGCGGUGCUGUGGUGGGCUGGAGGGGCCGCGGGGCGUGGAGGCGGCGUUGUUGUUGUCGGUGCCGACGGUUUUUCAGCUGGAGGAGGAUCUGCGGAGGGCGGGGCGGGUGCUGGCGAGUGAGACGUUACGGGCUCUGGGAAGGGGAUAGGGAGGUGUUGCUUGCCUGGGUAUGGUUGGUUAGUCGUAGGGUCGCCUGGUGGCUUGUUUUUCUUUCACCUUCAAUUGUGUGUUUAUGAUGACCUGGCGUUGGGAACAGUUCGGCAGCUGGAUUAGGCCAAACGGUCGGGUGAUAGGCUUGGUGGUUUUGAAAGGCAGGAUUGGCCGCUCUGGACCAAACGGGGAUAGUGUUACGUCAGGGGUAAGGGGCUCAGAGCUUGGCAGAGCGCACUGGCCAUAAUUUCCC